AUGUUCACGGAUGCUCCAGAGUCACCCACCCAACUAGAUGAUGUUGUGUACACAAAUUUGAAAGAAGAAGCCAACGCAGCCAAGGGACAAGUGGAUUUCCUGAACUCCGUCAUAGUAGAACUUCAGAGCAAGAACCAGGAGCUAAUGCACAGACUUUCAGUGAUGGAGGAUUCUGGAAUUCACACCAAUGGGGAAUUCAGUGAACCUGUCGAGACACCGACACGCAGCAGAGCACCACCACGCCUAUUCUGUGACAUCUGUGACGUGUUUGACCUCCAUGACACAGAGGACUGUCCUCAGCAAGCCAUGUCCAGCAGUCCUGAGCCCAGCCGUCACCAUGGUGACCCCAAAAACACACGACCCUACUGCAACAUCUGUGAAGUUUUUGGACACUCGACAGAACAGUGCGAUGAUGAGCAAACAUUUUAA